AUAAUAAAGCCUUUUGGAAAAGAUGAGAUUAGGAACAACUAUACUACUGUCCUUAUUAUUUGCCCAAGCGAUCUUUGCUGCUACAGUUACCACCAACAAAUUUGGAUCUCUUGAGGUUACUAAAGAGUCCGAAGACAUUCUUGAAAAGGAAGUCUUCUUCUCAGAAGAUGCCCAAUACUAUGACUACGUUCAUAGAUCCGAGCAUCUGUUGAAUACGAUAGAUCAGGCCAAGAAAAAUAAGCUCAAUCUGAGAAGAGAUAUUACCACUUGUGAAACAGAAUCUGCUUUCGGCCCAACUGAUGAAUUCCAGUUCACUCCAAUUUUUGUAGGAAAGCUUCUCAAUGACGAAUCCGAAGUUUCUUACGAAGGUCAAUGCUUCAAGCAAAUUAAAUUCACAAUGGAGCAUGUUGGAGAAGACUCUGUCAAGGUCCAUAUCGAUGCUAGAAAGAAGAGAAGCACUUUCUGUAAGGAAGCACUUUUCCUUUCUACUACUGUCAGACAUCAUGUUGAAUAUCUUUUCCUGGAAAGAAAGCAUACUAUCACCUUCAAAAAUCUCGAUGCUGAUGACUUCAUAGACUUAGACCUCGGAGGUAUCAGGAUGUAUCUGUUCUGCCACAGCAUCACUGAGAGUUUCAUGUCGGUUUUCAACACCUUGAAGCUAUUCAUUGGAGGACUUGGGCUAAAUCCAAAGUAUCCAGUCAUUGGAUCUCAUGUCCCAGAAUAUAUGCAACAAGCCAAUCGUCACUUUAUUAAAGAAGUCUUCGGAUGGGAAAUGGAAGAAAGGGAGACCAGAGAAGUUGUCCUUGACGAAUCCUACAUUCAUGAUGGUGAUUUCCUAGCCAUUACCAGACUUGACGGACUUGAUGAGAUCAUCAUGUGGGGAACCGGAAGUCACGUUGGUCACUCUACCAUGGCUCUCUGGAUCGAUGACGAAUUGCACAUUGUUGAGUCACAAGACGGAUGGUAUUGGCCAAAGAGCAAUAUCCAGAGAAAUACUUAUAAACAAUGGAUUGAGUGGGCUAAGAACUGUGACUUCAACGUCAUCCUCCUUCCACUCAAGGAUGAGUACAGAGAGAAGUUUGACAAUGCUGCUGCCGUUGAAUUCUUCGAAACCAUUGAAGGCAUGCCUUAUGGAUACCAUAACUUCCUCUUCGGUUGGAUCGAUACUCCAGAUGAUAACUAUCCACCAGCUUUGCCAGCUGAAUUUAUUGGCAUUGCCUUUGAGCUGUUCUCUGAACUCCUUCCUUCAGUCAUUAACUCCUUCUUCGUUGAAGCAAUGAACCAAAGAUUAGGAACUGAGGGAUACAACUUCAAGCAAGUCGUGUAUGAAGCUGCUAAGAGAAACAAAACUCUUGUACAGCUCAUGGCUGAGCCCGAAAUUGACGGAUGGAUGUACUCUGACGGAUACAGUUAUGUCUGUAGUUCCUUCCUCAUCGCUAUGUACAAAGCUGCCAAUCUCUUCCCAGGAAUGGAGAUCCAAGGAACUGAGUUCGGACCUAAGGACGUCUAUCAAUUGAAUAUUUACAACUCUACUGCAGUACUUCCAGAGCAAUGUAAGGCUGCUGAUCCAGACUUGCCAUACUGCCAGAUCCUUGGUAGAUACAGAUUGGAACUUGAAGGAUACUCCACUAUCGAGCCAUACAGCCACAUGAAUGAAAACUGUCCUUCAGUAUAUCCAGAAUACGUCAGACCUGAUGGGUGCUAACUUUGGACAAGUUUCAAUGCUAAUUUUCC